AUGGAGCAAAAUGAAGAACCAGCGUAUGAAACAGAAGAAGAAUGUAUUCAAGAUUUUUUUACAAAAAAUCUUGAACAAUUGAAAUAUUACAAAUCAUCAUUUUGUUGCAUUUCUAUUUUUUGUACUGGUAAUUGUGAAUUAGAACAAGCCGAUAAUUGUAAAAAUAAUAUUCGUAAAGCAUAUUUUCCUGCAGUCAAAACAUAUUUAGCAUAUGAUUGUGUAAGGGAAUCAAAAGAUGUACAAGAAUUCAUGAUUAAAUUAGAAGAAUUAAAGAAUACAUGUUCUGAGAAUUUUUUGUAUAAAUUAGUAGAAUUAAUCGAUA